CAUAGCCAUUGGUUCGACGGGCGUGGGGCGCGAGGCAUGCAUGAUGGCUGCGGGAGCGCCCCUGGCGGUGGCGCCCCAUCUUCUUCUCGUUCAUCUGCCGAUCGUGGAGCGGCGCGACGUGCGGCGCGGGAAGCCGCUGAUCAGCUUGUACAGCGCCUGUCCGCGGAGCUCCUCUCGGUGCAGGGGCGCUUGUCGCUCGCGGAGGAGGCGCUGGAUGCGCUCGCAGAGGGCCGCGAGGCAGGGACAGAGGGUUCGGGCCCUCCUGCCUGCCCUCCUCGCCAAGCUGGAGGGGCGCCCUCCGAGCUGGUUGGAGGUCCUUCGGCGCAACGUGGCACUUCACGCCAACGCUGAGGGCGUCGACGUCUCGACCGCCUGCGCCUCCGUGCUCCGCCGCGAGCAGCGCGGGCUGCGGCUCGAGGCGCGCUUUGGCGUGACGCAGAGGGGCCUGCGCGCU